AUGAGCGCAAUUGAUGCGGGCGUUGAGGGAGCACGAGAACAAAGCGUGGCUACUAGCAAGACUCUCACCGACGAUUCCAAUCUGGAUUCAGUCACGAUUCAGGAUUCAUCUUCUGAAAUAGAUCAUCAUUCACGCUCCGAAGAUCAAAAGAUAUCUUUUACACAGAAGAAUACUGCACUGGGAGCGGAGGCCCUGCGUGUUAACGCUGCAGCGCUGAUCUCACAGAAGCACGUGUCGGAAGGUUCCUCUCACAGGUCCUCGCAAUCGUAUCUUUUCUUGUCGAACCAGCCUACUGCAUACUUGAACACCGAGGAUAGGGACAGAGACAUCAUAGGAUCCGCAUCACUACAGAGUACCGAUCUUGCACGGACAUCCACAGAAUGUGAGGCCAUAACAACUUCUUCAGAGCCUGGUCAUUUAGUACAGGUCUCCACGCCUUCAACCUCGGAUUCAGCGAGCUCCCCAACGAUUGCUCAUUCCUCCGCGUCUACAAAAACUCUUCAUGCAGCUUCUGUUUCUAUUGAUGACUCCUCAGAGCAAGACGAGAGGACGUCAUUUCGGUCGAAGCCUACUUCAGAUUACCUAAUCCAGAUUGAGCCAGCCUCCAUUCGGUGCACCGGAUGGAUGGUACUCCGAAGUUAUGUAGAUUUCGAAUCCCUUCACGAGACAAUCCAUACGAUAUCGAGACUCAACAAUAUACAGAAUUUCAUCGAUGCCCACCCUGUUUUGCCUACUUGGAAAGGCCAGACAAAGCAAGACUUGGUAUGUGAUCUGCAGAAAUAUCUUCAGGAUGCACUCAAACACGAAGCCCUUGCCAACUCGCAGAGGAUGAAACGCUUUCUUGAGAAAACCGAACGCUUUGGCCCUGAUUCUAGAGAUACCUCUACAAAGUCUGGCUUUCCGUAUGCUACCCAGGCUGCGUUUGAAAACGUGGGAAAAGGAGUCCUUGGUGUUCUAAGUAAUGCACCUAGGGGCGUUGCUGAGGGAGGCAAAGCCGUCUUCGGUGGCGUGACUGGAGUAUUCGGAGGAAGUGGCAAGAAGGCGCUUUUGAACGAAGACAAGGACUCGCAUGGCUUUUCAGCCUCAGAUAUUCCAACCAUUGAGAAUGCUGGCGAGCAAGAAAGGAGCAAUGAUGGGAAUGAUUUUACAAACCUGAGAAAGCGUGAAUGCAAUGAGAGGACACGUUUUCCGACUGUCCCAGGCACCGGUAAAACAUCAAGUUUCUCGGACAUGGGGUGUUCAGACAAAGACCUGAUCGAACCUGACAAAGAUGGAGCUCUUUACAACAAUGCAUCGAGGGGUGAAACUCACACAAUGUCCAAAUCCGCACCCACAGAUUAUCUUUCGGGGCCGCCCCUCACUGGAUUGAACGAAAGCGAUAAAGCCGAUUUGGAUUUGACAGUCAAGAGGGAGCAAACAAUACCGCACAGUCGGGGCUUUCGUCGAGAACAGGAAAGCGCUUUCACUCAGGAGGAGACGCAGAUAGCGGUGGAGCUCAUAUUCGCUGUCAUAAACGAACUCUACUCAUUAAGUUCCGCCUGGAAUUUUAGAAGGACCCUUCUGAACGCGGCUAAAUCAUAUAUCCUGCGUCCUGGAAACCCUACUCUAGGGAUGAUUAACUCCGUGAUACAAGAGUCAAUGCUUGAAGCUAAUACUUCUGAUGAAGCAAUCGCAUUUCAUCUCACAAGACUUCGCGAGAACGCUCUGCCAACGGAGGAGGAACGGGGGUCCUGGCCUCAGUCGCCAAGUGCCACUGAAAAGGCACGCUUGAGAGACACUGCAAAGAGACUUCUUAUCACCAAGGGGCUACCGCAGGCGCUUACGGGUGUCAUGGGAGCAGCUGCCAGUCGAGAAGCUCUUGAAAAAGUCUUUGAAUGUCUUCAAGUCGAAAUGAUUUCAAGGGGCUUCGUUUUCUCCGUUCUUCUCCAGGCUUUGCGGGCCGCCACUUUCUGA